CAGGGCUUUACGUCUGUUCUAGGUCCUUGGUCUUUGCGUAGCGAUUCUGGUGCGUGUCGUGGGGGUGUAGAGGAGUCUGUCAGCGUCUGUCAGCUUGAGGCAUCAAAAAGUUGUUUGCUUAUAAAUGUGCGAGCGUAGAUCCUCAGUAUGCAUUCAUAAGUAAAAUAUAUGACAAGGUAGAAGCUUUUGUUGAUGCGUUUUACCCCGAUGCAAGACAAAUGAAGCAAUGGGUUCUUCGGAAGAUGAAAGAAAAGAUUUUGCAAUUUUUCCUGUGCAUGAACGUGCAGAUCUCAUGGAGGGAAUAUGCAGCCUAUUGAAUGAAGAAUGGCCCAGGAGUGUGACAGCUAGAAUGCGAACGCUUCGUGCCUCCUGCUCGGAGUUUCCCACUUGUCUGGCGUUGGUCAAGCAAUCGGAGCCUAGCACUGUGAUUGGGCAUGCCAAACUGUCUCGAGUACCAGACGAGGACGACGCUCUGUUUAUUGAAUCAGUGAUUAUAUGUCCCAGAGUACGAGGUCAAGGACUUGGCAAACGUCUGAUGCGCCUGGCAGAGGAAUACGCAGCAAGCCGCGGGUGCCGCCAGCUGCUGCUCAGCACGCACGACAAGCAGACGUUCUACUCGCGGCUCGAAUACAUCCCUUGCCCGCCCGUUCAGACGUUCGGAGGUAGUCGCCGGCUGCUCCAGGCUACCGCCGGGAUCUCGGACAGGGGACAUCCGCCCGCCUCCGAGGGAGCCCCUGCCAAGCUCACACCCUCGCCAGCGGGCCCGCCGUGCGGCUACUCCCCGCCGCCCCCCAGUGGGGGUCCCGCGGAGCCGCCGCCGCUGCCCCCUCCUCCUCCACCGCCGCCGCCUCCGCCGGUGAACGGUGUCCUGCGGUCGGCGGCGCGGCCGGCGCUGCCGCCCAAGGUGUUCAUGAAGAAGGUGCUCGUCGGUGGAUCGGCCCGUUGAGAGGUCGUGCCGCGAGCUACUGCUCAACUUCGAGGCCACUACGCGCAGUGUUUGAUCGAUAGUCGAGGUCGAUUUGUUGUAACUUACUCACGAAUGAGCGCCAUAACGUGUGUUCGCACAUUUCGCGGGUGGAGAUUUCUCCCCCGACCACGAGGGACAGGCCGUCCCCGGUUACGGCAGGAUUAGCCGAAGCAACCUAGUCAUGAACUUCCGAGCAAAAGGUGCUGUUUUCCAGACGUGCAUGCGUCGCAGAAAGCUGAAUCGUGAAAACCGGGAUUAUUACUGUUCGUUUGGUUUGUUUUUUGCCGCACGUUGCUCGGAAAUGUCGGCUACAAAAGACAAACCUAUUUGCUGUGGGCGGAUGGAAGUAUCGUGAGUUUUCUUUCAAACGUAUCCCAAACCACCAAACCGUUGAUUUCCGGAUUAGAGAACGUGCUAAAUGUAGCUAGUUUCAUAUCCCUGAGCUCAGCGUUCAAUUAGCAAUAAAUCAGGGUAUUAUUAUUGCUACUACAGUAUUAGUAGUACUAAAUCAGAUUAAUGCUUUUGCUAUUCAACGGCUUAUCUUCUCUCCGGCUUAGCCAGCGCCGCAGAAAUCUGUUUCGCGCUUUGGUGGGGCGUGAACUGGGGUGGUAUCCUGAGAGCCGUGUAGGCCCCCGUGCAGAGCAGCUUAUGCUAACAGGCGCUGCCGAGCGCGUCUGAGGUGAGUGGGAGCGCUUCCCGAACUGUUACGCGUCUGCGGCGAGGGGAGCUCUUCCCGAACUGUUACGUGUCUGCGGUGAGGGGAAGCGCUUCCCGAACUGUUACGCCCGGAAUUGUUACAAGUUGUUUACUCACCUGAUGUGAAAUGCGGCCUUGAUAUUGCCGUCGUGUGUUUCUAGUCUUCGGUCCGGCUGGUACUAUCUGGUACGACAGUCAACCUGUUUUGUGUAUACAUUGGAAGGAAGCAUUUUCUAGACUGUUACAUCAGCAUGUUUAUAGUCUUCGACCUGGCUAGUGCUUAUCAGCCACGUUGAUCAGCGUGCUUUAUGGUGACCGCAAAUGCGUACUGUUGCUAACGUGUUUUGGACCGUUCCGAGUGAUGACUUUAUUAAAAUCAGUUUGGAGCAACUUUUUGAGUACAAAAUGAUACGUAAAGCACGCAGGACGCCGGACUAUCUGGCAGGUCGCCUCGCGAAUCUUGUUAUUGAUAUGUCAACCGUUUUGAUGACUUCUUCGCCUUCGCCUGUCGUCCUUCCACAAAUCUAACGGGACGGGCAACGUUGUCACAUACAUGAUGCAUCCGGCUGGAUGCCCGUGAUACAUCCGGUUGAAUACCCUUGGCGGGAUGGUUGUGCAACCGUUAGGGUGAACCGGGCUUUCGAACAGAGCCGGAAGACGUUUGGGUGAACACUAUAUUGAACAGCCUCGCCGACGGACCUGCGCGUAACAUGCAUUGCAAAUUGCACGCAUAGCAUGACACGUGCGCGAAAGCCAACCGAAAACGCCAUCCCACCGGUCACCCGGAGGUUCCGUGACGUCAAGCAGCGAGUAAGGCCUACAAAAUGUUGAUAUAUGAACGCAAGCACUAAAAACACGAAGCAUAGGCAAUAGUAAAACAAAUGUACAAAGUUCUCCCCGCGAGUCGAGCUCGUUCUUGCAGUCGUGCCAAGCGACCCGCACGGGCGAGGCCAAGCAGCGGACAUCUGUGAGUCGGCGCACCAUGGCAUGACACUGGUCCUCACCGCUCCCAGCCGUCACAACCCUCCACGGGCUGCGUGGUACCGAGAGGAAUAUGGCUCGCCUCCUUUGCUGUGGCCUCACACGAACACCAUGAUAUGAAAUGUUUGUUCCCCCACACAGCUGGAUUAUUGCAUGAUGGAUAACGUUCCGAUGCGCACACCCCGAAUAAAUGAGCUACAUCAUGGUUAAAAAGACUGCGUAAUCAGAGCAGUUGGAGCCGUGAGGCGUCUUGUGAACUCGAGAACGGCGAAUAUUCCAGUCGCAUGUGUGACCAGAUGAUCAAAAGGAUUUAACCCAAUGCACGGACCCAUCCUCAAGUAAAUAAGUCAUUUCCCAACAUAUUGCAUUCUUUCUGCUGACCACGGCCCGAUAAGCUCAGUACUUUGCACAACGAGCAUUUUAAACGCUUCAGGAAGCUCUCCAUAUCGCAGCAUAAUGUGGUGCAUACUUCUGUUUACCCCAGCGGGAACUUCGAGGGUCGGACAAUCCAGUCCGCACACCUGGCGUCAAGCUCUCCGUCACACAAACGUACCAACUGCAGUCGGCUCCCCUCUGAGCUCCGGCAGCCCGAGCGGCGGCCGCGCGAGGCCAGAGUGGCAGCCGCGAGCCGCCGGCGGCCGGUCGUACCUCCCGCUGCGCGCGGGUAAUGACCGGCCGCGCGCUCCCGCGCCGCACGCCUGGGUCGCUCCCGUGCGCAAUUCAAGCUCGUAGGGCGGAGGGAGGACAUCGAACAUGCUCGGUGCGCUAGGCGAGUACAGAAAACCGGACGGCACAUCCUUCCCAGGGUUGACUACCGGACCGUGUCAUCAGAACAAGCAAGCAGCUAAAACGACGCCGCCGGCAUUUCUGCGGCCCAACAACCCGAAUGCACAGAGGAAUGUACCGUAUUCAGACCACAGCCACAUAUUACACCCACUCAGCAUGUCCACGCCGGAUGCACCAGCUACACAGGGCGUUACAGCACAGAGCGGUCGAUCCGAGCGCAGGACUUGCUAUUCGCCAGACUUUCGCCUCGCCCAGCCGGCGGGGCUACCCGAGCCGGCGGCCACCGCCGGAGGCUCGGCGAAUGUUCCGUAUGCCGCGCCGUUCACACCAGUUUUCAGAGGCAUGUCUCCUCACGAAGAACGGCCAGCCUUCACUGCGAGAUGUGAUUUAGCGACAGGUUUUUUUUGGACGCCCUGGGGAUGGCAGCUGGGCCAUCGCUUUGGACAAACUCAUACAUAGCCAACCAGCGAUUCGACAGGAAACCCUAAAAAUCUGAUCAAAACAGACCGCGCCCCGCGGGGACCCCAAUACCACUCCCCUCUCCCACACGGACGGUCAGCUCCCGGCGGGGAGCGGGUCAGUCGUCCCCACCAGCGCGCCUCCCC